AUGUCGACCGACACAGAGAAGGUUGGUACUGAGGCACCCAAGCACCUAAAAGAAGUCGCUACUUCAUAUUCUUGUUUCUCCUCUCCCGAGCUUCCGUCCCUCUACUUCAAUCUUCAUUUCUCUGACCAACCACGCAGUGAGAAUGCUAGAAAGUGCCCCGUGUCGGGAUCUGAGAAGGCUCCAGCCAAACCCUAUCUCACGGACCACGUCAAGCACGUCUUCACGACCCCCGAGAAGAAGAAUGACCACAAGCCGUUCUACCACAUCAGCCACCACCACGAGGGUAAAGUCCAGGAUGUCCACGCGGACCUCAAGGCAGCGGGGCCUAAGGUGGAGGACGGGAUCCAUAAGGCCAAGCAGCUGCUCGAGGAGGAUAAGGAGAUCAACCCGGAGAUGGUGCGCGAGGCGCUCGCCCUCUUUCUGACCCACUCGAAGGACGCGCAGGAGCGGCGCAUCCCCGCGCCAUCGCUGAAGGACCACGCCGUCUUCCGCAAACAGCGCCCAGAGCUCCACCCCGCCGACUCGGCGAUCCCCACCAGGGCGGUCGUGGCGGGCGAGGUGGUGACCGCCGAUACCCUGCAGGGCGCGGCACUGCUGUCCUACUGGCGCGACGACUACGACCUGAACGAUUCGCACUACCACUGGCAUAUAGUGUACCGCGGCGCGGGCGGCAACAACAAGGUGAAUACCCGCACAAUUGACCGACAGGGGGAGAUCUUCCUCUACACCCACUCGCAGAUGGUCGCCCGCUACGAGGUGGAAGGCUUGUGCUGGAACCUGCCGCUAGUGCGCGCCUGGAACAUGUACGACGACUACCUCGAGUACGGCUAUCAGCCGCUCCCCGCCCUCCAGGAGUACUAUGGCGGCUACCCACCCUACACGCGGUGGUAUCGCGUGCACAGCCCGGAUAUGGCCACGGUGGAAGGCGUGACGAUCGGCGUCGCGGCGAUGGAAACCUGGCGCGACAACAUCUACGCGGCGAUCAAGGACCGCACGGUGAAGACGGCCAAGUUCCAGAAGGAUGAGAACGGGGACUACGUGUACGAUAAUAAUGGGCGGAAGAUCCGGAUCGGACAGCCGGGAACGCUCUGUCUAACCGGGGACAACGCGAUGAACUACAUCGGGGGUCUACUCGACGCGCAGUACAAGUUCUUCGAUCCUUUGCCUGACGGCUACGAGGUCGACGACGAGGUCUACGGGUUGACCCUGCACAACUACGGGCUGGGGAAGAUGGCGGAGAUCUCGUACCACAAGGGUGACCCGGAGAAUGGAGAUUAUGGGACCCCGUACGGCCUCAUGAUCUCCAACUUCGGCGCUAUCCGCGACCCGUGUUUCUUUCCCUGGUACAAGCAUAUGCAGGAGUUCCGGCGGCUGGUGGCAAACAAUUACGUGCAAGACAUCAAGGAGCACGGCGCGGCGGUGAGACUGUCCGGGCUGAUCAUCCGGCCCCAGGACGAGACGAAUCCUCUCUAUACGUGGGGUGGCGCGACCUCCUAUAUGGGGGCCCCUGCCGUUGAUCUCCUCGAGAGCAAGGCGAAAUUAGACCAUGAGCCGUACGAAUGGAGCGUGAAAAUCCACCACCUCUCCCGAAGCUCCCGUGGCAAGAGGAAGCACAAACGCGCGCAAGUGGUCACCCUACGCUUCUUCAUUGCCCCCAAAGAGCUCGUGAAUGACUACCAUCACUGGAUUGAGAUGGACAAGGUCACCGUCAAGCUUCCGCCCGAUUUGGACUCCAUCGAGGUCACGCGUCUUGACAAGGACUCGUCGGUCGCCCGCAAGAUGGCCAAUUACAGCGAGGUCGAUGCCGACUACGGGACCCGGACCUGGUGUCGCUGUGGAUGGCCGCAGAACCUGAUGCUGCCGGCGGGCAGACCGGAGGGGAUGCCGUUUGUCGCCUUCUGCAUGGCGACGGACGACGCGAUUGAUGAAAAAGUCUGGAGCCCGUCGCACAGUUUCUGCGGGGCAGCCAAGAAGGGCGGUAGCAAGGACGAUGACCCGGACGCCGACAAAAACACGACGUACCCUGAUCCCCGCGGGAUGGGCUACCCUUUCAACCGGGCCUGGUACGAUCUUGAGCGCACUGACCAGGACACCAGCCUGCUCUCCAUCGACAAGAUCAUCCGAGACAACAACAACUACCCUUACCUCGCCGUCCAGGAUUUCAAUAUCUACCGCCAAACCCAGUAUAGCCAUCCGGCCAGCAAGGAUAUCGGGCCCAACAACGUCACCUGGUUCGGCACCAUCCAGGGCUUCUUCAAGGACCAGGACAAGGCGUGCAUGCAGAGCGAGUACGGGUAUAACCUGCAGCAGUACGAAGACGUGGCUUACCACCAUCAUAAUAUCUACUAUGCUACCGUGACCGGGCGCAUGCCCUUGCAGAUGUACCCGCAUACCCAGCAUAACCCCGAUCCAGACCACCCGCUCUGGACGAAGAAGAUGUGUGAGAAGUUCAAGCGCUGGACGCUCCACGGCUGUCCCAAGGGCGAGGAGGGCAUCUCGGACCCAGAUGAUAGCGAUGAUAGCGGUUCGGAGGAAGAUUCUGAACUGGAGGAGACGGUUGCCUCAGGUAACUAG